CGCUCACACGGCGCCCUGUACCCACGACGCGCAUGUUAGCCCCUCCUAUUUUUCCUUUGUUAAAUUGAACGAAGACCACCAUUAAUUAAAGGGAGAGGGGACGAUCCGGAGGAAGUCGCUCGGUCUUCCUCUCGAGAUUUAGAAGACAGAUAAGUACCAGCGAGCGAAGGAUGGAAGGAAACUGAGGAAAGAUCAGAUCGAUCGAUUCGAUUAUUUCCUUUUAGACUUCGAUUCCUUUUUCUUCGUUCCGAAGAGACGCGGAUUGGAGGAUUUUUUCUCUUGCUGGAUCCUUCUUCUGUUAAUAAAUACGAGAAAGGAGGAGCAAGAGAAAGGAGCGAGAAGAAAGGGAGGGGGUGGGGGAGGAGAGAUGAAAGGGGGGUUGGAUAGGGUUCGGUUAUCGACGGCGCGGCUUGGCGGGGAGAGCGGCUCGCCGUCCACGGCAGGGGUGCUCCGGCAGACGUCGUCGCAGACCGUCCGUCUUGGCCGAGUCCAGCCCCAGGCGCCCACCCACCGCACGAUCUACUGCAAUGAUCGCGAGGCCAACCUCCCCGUCCGGUUCAAGGGUAAUUCCAUAUCAACUACAAAAUACAACAUUCUAACCUUUCUACCAAAAGGGUUGUUUGAACAGUUCAGGCGGGUGGCUAACCUGUACUUUCUUAUGAUUUCAGUCUUAUCUACUACACCAAUCAGUCCGGUUUCUCCCAUAACAAAUGUUCUUCCACUCAGUCUAGUGCUUUUGGUCUCUCUUGUUAAGGAGGCUUUUGAGGACUGGAAGCGUUUCCAGAAUGAUACAUCAAUUAAUAGUACCCCUAUUGAUGUAUUGCAAGGUCAAAGAUGGGAAAGUAUUCCCUGGAAGAAGCUGCAGGUCGGAGACCUGGUGAGGGUUAAGCAAGAUGGUUUUUUCCCUGCUGAUUUGGUAUUCCUUGCUAGCACGAAUCCUGAUGGUGUUUGCUACAUUGAGACUGCAAAUCUUGAUGGGGAAACUAAUUUGAAGAUUAGAAAAGCGUUGGAGAGAACGUGGGAUUAUUUGGCUCCUGAGAAAGCUGCUGAAUUUAAAGGGGAAAUACAAUGUGAACAGCCAAACAAUUCAUUGUACACUUUUACUGGAAAUCUUAUCAUGGAAAAGCAAACACUACCUCUUUCUCCAAAUCAACUUUUAUUAAGAGGAUGCAGCUUGAGGAACACAGAAUAUAUCGUUGGGGCUGUUAUAUUUACAGGGCAUGAGACGAAAGUUAUGAUGAAUUCUAUGAAUGUUCCUUCUAAAAGAAGUACAUUGGAGAGGAAACUUGAUAAACUUAUACUUGCUCUUUUUGGUUGUCUCUUCAGCAUGUGUCUCAUUGGAGCCAUUGGAAGGUCAAUAUUUCUGGUCAGGCGCACACCAACUACGGUUAUGAUUCGUGAAUCACAUGUUGAAAAGAUGGGCAAAAUUCAAGAGGUUGCAUAUGAGAUUUUAAAUGUUCUAGAAUUUAAUAGUACAAGGAAGCGCCAGUCUGUGGUAUGUCGAUACCCAAACGGAAGACUUGUUCUUUAUUGUAAGGGUGCUGAUACUGUGAUAUAUGAAAGAUUGGGUGAUGGAAAUCAUGAUAUGAAAAGGUUAACCAGGGAGCAUUUAGAACAAUUUGGAUCUGCUGGCUUACGUACGCUCUGUUUGGCCUACCGAGAACUAAACACUGAGUUAUAUGAAAAAUGGAAUGAGAAAUUUAUUCAAGCCAAAUCUUCUUUGCGGGAUCGUGAGAAAAAACUUGAUGAGGUGGCAGAGCUAAUUGAAAAGGAUCUGGUGCUAAUAGGAUGCACUGCUAUUGAAGAUAAGCUUCAAGAAGGGGUGCCAGCUUGUAUAGAAACCCUAUCUAGAGCUGGAAUAAAGAUUUGGGUGCUAACAGGGGAUAAAAUUGAAACUGCAAUAAAUAUAGCCUAUGCAUGCAACUUGAUCAAUAAUGACAUGAAGCAAUUCAUUAUCAGUUCAGAAACAAAUGCAAUUAGAGAGGCUGAAGAUAGGGGGGACACUGUAGAGAUUGCACGUGUGAUUAGACACUCAGUAAAACAGGAUCUGAACCGAUGCCUUGAGGAAGCUCAGCAAUACUUGCGUACUAUAUCAGGAACGAAGUUGGCCCUUAUAAUUGAUGGAAAAUGUUUGAUGUAUGCACUGGACCCAAAUUUACGUGCGAAUCUGCUCAAUUUGAGCUUGAAUUGUAGUUCUGUAGUUUGUUGUCGUGUUUCUCCACUACAAAAGGCACAGGUUACUAGUCUGGUUAAAAAAGGUGCUCGGAAGAUCACGCUGAGUAUAGGUGAUGGUGCAAAUGAUGUGAGUAUGAUUCAAGCUGCUCAUGUUGGUGUGGGCAUAAGUGGACUUGAAGGAAUGCAAGCUGUAAUGGCUAGUGAUUUUGCAAUUGCUCAGUUUCGCUUCCUUACUGAUCUUCUUCUAGUGCAUGGUCGAUGGUCAUAUCUCAGAUUAUGCAAGGUUAUCACCUAUUUUUUCUACAAAAAUCUUACCUUUACUUUGACUCAAUUUUGGUUUACUUUCCAAACUGGUUUUUCUGGUCAGAGAUUCUAUGACGAUUGGUUCCAGUCAUUGUAUAAUGUCAUUUUUACAGCACUACCAGUUAUCAUUGUUGGAUUGUUUGACAAGGAUGUCAGUGCUUCUUUGUCAAAAAAAUAUCCAGAGCUUUACAGAGAAGGAAUUCGAAACAUGUUUUUUAAAUGGAGGGUCGUGGCAGUAUGGGCUUUCUUUUCUGUCUAUCAGUCAUUGAUAUUCUAUUACUUUACGACUGCUGCAAGUCAGGCCGGUCACAAUUCAUCUGGAAAGAUAUUUGGUCUCUGGGAUGUCAGCACAAUGGCCUUUACCUGUGUUGUGGUGACUGUCAACUUGCGCCUUCUUAUGGCAUGUAAUUCAGUUACACGAUGGCACCAUCUAAGUAUUUGGGGGAGCAUAUUAGCCUGGUUUGUGUUUAUCUUCAUAUACUCAGGAAUAAUGACCCCAUAUGACAGACAAGAAAAUUUAUUCUUUGUUAUCUAUGUGUUGAUGAGCACUUUUUAUUUCUACCUUGCACUUCUGCUCAUUCCUGUUGCUGCACUUCUUGGUGACUUCUUAUAUCAAGGGUUUCAGAGAUGGUUUUACCCCUAUGAUUAUGAAAUUGUUCAGGAGAUUCACAAGAAUGACCCCGAAGAUAGCAGCAGGAUUGAAUUGCUGGAGGUUGCUAAUCAUCUAACACCAGAUGAAGCUAGGAGCUAUGCGAUUUCCCAGCUUCCCCGGGAAAAAUCUAAGCACACUGGUUUUGCUUUUGAUUCACCAGGUUAUGAGUCAUUUUUUGCAUCACAGCAAGGUGUUUUUGCACCACAAAAGGCUUGGGAUGUAGCCCGUAGAGCCAGUAUGAGAUCACAGCAAAGAAAACCCAGAACCUGAUUUAUUUUUUUAAUAUAUGUACAUUUUGUCAGUGACCUCACGAGCUGCUAUACAAGUAGUUGUACCAUAAUUCUAGUCUUUUGUUUUUGUUUUUUUCCUUUUGUAUUUAUACACUUGUUAGUUGUUUUUUUCCUGGUAGUGUACUAAGAUGUUUAUUCAUUCGCUUGGUUGCAUGUAUAAGCUCGAGAAAGUGCGACUGCGGAGGUUCUUUUUCUGGAAAUUCUCAAUGGCAUGCAUUUCUAGUGAUUGUACCCUUA